AUGGACGCUCUGCUCGUGACCUUCCUCGUCGUCCCCGUGGCGGUGGCGCUCCUCGGGGCCGGGUCCGCGUCCGCCGCGCCGCCGCGCGCCUUCUUCGUGUUCGGGGACUCCCUCGUCGACAACGGCAACAACAACUACCUGAUGACCACGGCGCGCGCCGACGCGCCGCCCUACGGGAUCGACUUCCCCACGCACAUGCCCACGGGGAGGUUCUCCAACGGGCUCAACAUCCCGGACAUCAUCAGCGAGCACCUCGGCUCCCAGCCCGCGCUGCCGUACCUCAGCCCCGACCUCAGCGGCGACCAGCUGCUCGUCGGCGCCAACUUCGCCUCCGCCGGCGUCGGCAUCCUCAACGACACCGGCAUACAAUUCGUGAACAUCAUCAGGAUCGGGCAGCAGCUGCAGAACUUCCAGGACUACCAGCAGAGUCUGGCCGAGUUCGUCGGCGAGGACGCGGCGAGGCAGGUCGUCAACAAUGCGCUCGUGCUCAUCACGCUCGGCGGGAACGACUUCGUCAACAACUACUACCUGGUGCCCUUCUCCGUCCGGUCUCGCCAGUUUGCCAUCCAAGACUACGUCCCCUACCUCAUCUCCGAGUACAGGAAAAUCCUCACGCGGCUGUAUGAGCUCGGGGCGCGGCUCGUGGUGGUGACGGGCACGGGGAUGAUCGGGUGCGUGCCGGCGGAGCUGGCCAUGCACAGCAUCGACGGCGAGUGCGCGCGCGACCUCACGGAGGCGGCCGACCUCUUCAACCCGCAGCUGGUGCAGAUGCUCUCCGAGCUCAACGCCGACAUCGGCGGCGACGUCUUCAUCGCCGCCAACACCAACCGGGUCAGCUUCGACUUCAUGUUCAACCCGCAGGACUACGGGUUCGUGACGUCCAAGGUGGCGUGCUGCGGGCAGGGCCCGUACAACGGGAUCGGGCUGUGCACGCCGGCGUCCAACGUGUGCCCCAACCGGGACGUGUACGCGUACUGGGACGCGUUCCACCCCACGGAGCGCGCCAACCGGAUCAUCGUCGGCCAGUUCAUGCACGGCUCCACCGACCACAUCAGCCCCAUGAACAUCAGCACCAUCCUCGCCAUGGACAACAGGGGCUAG